AUGGGAAAGUCUAAAAAGAGAUCAAGAGCUUCUCGCGCACGCUCGAAUCCAUUAGGAUUAUCCAAUAAAAAUGCUACUAAAAAUGAAGCUGUCAAUAUGCGGAAGAUUCAGCCCCUACUCGACCAGCUUCAAAGCGCAGUACCUAAUGAAAGAGUGAUGGCGUUGGGGUCUAUCACUGUUUUAUGUGAGGAUGCGUACAUGCGUCAGCUUUUUCUCAAGGAAAAACUAAUUCAGAUUGUCAUGGGGAGACUGCUGUCCGAUGAGGACACUGAAAUAGUUGUGGAAUCUUACGGUUUGCUAAGAAAUCUGUCUCUUGAAGAAGGUUACGAUGUAUCAAUCCAUCUUUGGAGAUCUGAGGUGUGGACAAGUAUUAAUAGUGGAUUUGAUAAGCUCCUGAAGUCUCUCGAAUCUCCAGAUUUAGAGACCAAGGCUAACUCAGAGUCGACAAGGCUGCUUUUUGACUUUGGUGAUAAUCUGUUGUCUUUGAUUGUUGCACUAGCUAAUGGUUCGGAUGAUAUCAUGGAGAAUGUUUUGCAGCCACCAAAACUGAACAGAAUUUUUGAGGUGGUCAUUGCAGUGUUGAAGCACGCACUAUCGAUUAAGGAUGGUAUUGUUACUUUAAAAUGUACAACCCGUCUCUUUAAUACUGUUCUAGAUCUAAUCUAUGAUUUCAGCUCUGAGUCUUUGGAGUUUGUUGAAGCAGUGUCACAGGAUGCUUAUCUAUCUGAAUUCGUUCAGUCAUUGCGCUCGCUGAAGUUUACCAAUUCAAAUCUUCUCACGCGGGUACUCAUACAAGGUAUUUACUUACAGUUCUUGGAUACCAAUCUCACAAAUGACCAAGCUAACUCUAUCAUUGUCGCCACAUGUACAGCUAUUGAGCAAAUUGAUAUGCAAGAGAUGCUAAAAUCACUCUCAGAUGUGGACCAAGAUAAAGAUAUUCUACAAUCAAAGGGAAGCGAAGUCGCACGUAAGGUGAAAGAUUAUGCAAAGAAGCAUGCUGAUGGUAUGAUAAAAUUGCAAAGUAUUGAGAUUACACUAGACAUUAUCACUGCAAUUUUGGAAAUUGUAGCUGCUCAAUAUGAAGAAACACGAACUCCGUUGAAGGAAGAUUUAGUCCAAACUUUAACAGUAUCAAUACCAGUUGUAUUUCAGUCACUCUCAGAAAAUUUUGCAUCUCGGGUUUUAAUCGCCUGGAACAACAUGCUUUGGCUAUAUCUAACCUUGGAUAUCAACUUUUUUGAACUGCCUAACGAAUCAUGGAAGCAACUGUGGGAGUUCAUAAAUUCACCCACAUUGAGCGCUCUUAAUGAUUUUGGAAUAAGACUAGGGAAAUUAGGUGUGAUGUGGGCAUUGCUGAAAACAAUUCAGGUGCAACCAGAGCCGGCUAAGGUCUUAUCCGUUCUCGGCUGCAACAGCACGCAAUUUGUGAGCUCUAUAAUGGAAGAUUUCCAAAAUCUCGACGGCCUGAAUGAUCAAGAAGUAAGCGAUAUCACGCAACGGUGCUGUGGUAUCUUGAGUUGUAUUGCGCUGGUACCAGGCCAAGUCGAACUAAAUCGUCAAAUUGGUCACUUUCUCUUACAACAAUUAGCAUCUUCAAACACCAAUGCAGUAAUUCUAAUAGCUAUUGCUGAAGUGUUUUUCGAAAUUUACUGUGAUGCCGAAUAUGACUAUGAUGAGCCUGUGUUUGUACGCGAAGAAUUUUUAAAGAUUCUCGAAGAGAAAGUAUUACCCAAUAUGCGCCAUACUUUCAAAUUUGUUGACAAGAAUAAAAACCCAUUCUUGAAGGAGAAAUGUCAGGAAUUUUUAAGGACGAUGGAACGAUUCAUUGCUUAUAAAGCAACGGAACGUUAA